AUGUGCAAACAAAGAAAAGAGAAAUGGGUUUGCAAAUAUUGCCAAAAGCCUAUCAAGGAACACACGUACUUGAUCAAUAAAUGUAAAAGCCAGUCGGAUAUAGGCAUCUGCCGGGAACAGAGAACUACAGACUAUGAAACGAUUGAUAUGUAUUAUCCUGGUUCCAAAACACCAGAAAUCUUCAACCACUCGCUCCAACGCAUCAGCAAUAAUUCGACAACCCAAUCAUUCGAUAUGUGUCAAACCGUCGAAACCAGAUGGAUGUGCGCGGGAUGUUCCAAGUCCAUCCUGGAUAGGAGCUCGAUCAAACGUCCUUGCAAUGCAUACAAGAAGAAAGGGAUCUGCACUGAGUCGACAAUAACUCUGGUGGAACACAAGUAUGUGGAAGAUCCUGAUUGCGAGAUUUGCAAGAACUUCAACAAGGAUAAAAACGAGAAGGAAAAGUCACGAAUUUAG